AUGCAUUCCUGUGACACUGUGACAGUCACUUGUUCUAACCUCAUCACAGGGAACUGGAUCUGGCUCUAAUAUCCACAUUCUCAUGCUCAGUCUCACGUAAAAAUUUUUUUUAAAGAUGUGUUUGUUUAGAGAUGCGUUUCAUUCAUAAUUGUUCACUCUAACAAGACAAAUGGAAGAAUACGAUAUACAAUCUUACAGCUGUAAAGCAGAAGACAAGAAAAUGACUCGGAGGGGAAGUCUACGUCAGAAGGAGGAGGGAUACUCAAACCGAUACAGCAGCAUUAGAGUAUAUAGGGCAUAACCUUGCUGGACACUAAACAGAUGACAGGACACUUUAUGAGGAAUUGUGUUGAUACGGUAUAGUACACAUACUUCAGUACAACAGCAGUAUCACUGUACAGAGCUAAAAGAGCAGAGGUCAGGGCUGAUAACAUCUGGUGCUUGGAAGAAACCUGAGACUGACCGAGGAAGAACAAUACCUGGGGAGUUUGCAUACCUGUGGAGCACGUUUUUUUCUCUUCAACUUGAAAAUUUGUUCAGCAUUUUUUUUCAGUCUGUACUGAAAAGACGGAGGAGAGGAGAGGCAGAGAUAACGUUUCUUGUGCGACAAGAACUACUUUAGAAGCAAUAACUGAAAGAGUAUGUUUACUAAAGGCAUGGGAAAUUCAAGUCAAUAUUGAUUCAUUUGAAAUCUGAACAAAGGGGACCUUAUAUUGUAGAAAAACAAUUGUGCAGCUUUUUUUAAACUUUACUAGUAUAUAUUAUUAAUUUUUUAAAAAUUGUUUUAAAUAGUAACUGAAAAGUAUUUUUAGUACAUAUUUUUUCUGGUGAGAAGAUGGAUUUAGCUCUUUUUUGGGGUGGCACAAUGGCCAGUUACUUGUACUAUAUCAUCCCAGCAUUGGGAGGCUAUGCCCUCUUCUCCCUCUACCUGUUGAAGAACCCUCAUAUCCUACAUAAGAAGAAAAGAUCAGCUUUCCACUCCACCCACAUCUCACAUAGAGGGGGAGCCGGAGAGAGGAUCGAAAGCACAAUGGAAGCAUUCACACAUGCAGUGAAUGAAGGUACAGAUAUGUUGGAGCUGGACUGUCACUUGACUCGUGAUGGCCAUGUGGUUGUAUCGCACGAUGAGAACUUGCUUCGACAAACUGGACAUGAUGUCACAAUUUCAUCUUUGAAUCUAGCGGACUUGCCUCUUUAUAAAGAACGGCUGGAGGUCACAUUUUAUGCCGGCAAGUAUAGCACGGGAGAAGACAGAAAAUUUAUUUUACUUGAGGACCUCUUCAAGAAAUUUGCAAAAAUGCCUGUCAACAUUGAGAUCAAAGAGGACAACACUUUGCUUAUAAAGAAGGUAUCCUCACUUGUAAAACAGUAUGACAGAGAAGAUAUCACUGUGUGGGCAAGUGAAAAAUCUCACAUCAUGAAGAAAUGUCGGAGAGAGAACCCAUCCAUGCCUUACAUGUUCACUGUAAGUAGAGGCCUGCAGUUGCUCCUGCUGUACUACAGUGGCCUAUUGCCUUUUGUACCUCUGGGAGAGUGCCUCCUGCAGUCGUACCUACCCCAGAUCAUGAACAGGAGGUAUAUUCCUGAGUCUCCUAUUCUAAAGAACAGAAUGGUCAUCUCUCUAAUUGAAAAACUAAUAAUGCGGAAAGCACUGAUCAAACACUUAGCUAUGAGAGGAAUUCAGGUGCAACUCUUUGUCUGCAAUGAGGAAAAGGAUAUAGAGGCAGCAUUUGCAGUGGGAGCUACAGGAGUUAUGACUGACUAUCCUAGCCUUUUGUCAAACUACCUUCGCACACACCCACAAACUGCUCAUCUUAGUAGCUAGUAGAAAGACAUUUCUUCGAGCCAGAAACAGACCAAUAUUGAGAAAUGUUAUGUAUGUUUGCAACCACAGAAACAAGACAGCAGAGUGGGGACCUCUAUUUACCUAGUUUCUCAUUUUCACCACCGGAGGUGGAAAAUCCAGGUUCAGAAAUGAAAACUCCUGUCAUGUGUUUCUUCUACCUGUGAACUCAGCCAGCUGAUUUCACUAAUUAGUACCUGGCUGAAGAAUUGCAGUAAUCUCCUGGCUGAAGAAUUGCAGUAAUUAGCAAAUCCAGGUGAUUGAAACAAAAUUCUAGGGAGAACAUUUACUUUCUUUGUUUUCUUUUUUUUUCUUUUAUUUUUAUUUUAUUUUUACUUUCUAACCCCUGGACUUUCCAGCUCUGUUCACCACACAAUUUACUCUGUAAUUCUUAUUUAAUGCACAUAUUCUUAAAAUUAUAUCGAACACACUGCUAUUUUUGUAUGUGAUAAUUUAUUAUGUCUAUUGCCUUGUAGAAAUGCUUGUUUAAUGACAAUGGGAAAUAUUUUUGGCUGCAAAUCAAAUGUGUGAAAAGAAUAUACAAAUAAAGGCUUUUAUUAAAUAUGUCAUAGUUAGUGAUUACUGACCUUUGACCCUUUGAUUAAACCUCAGUUGUUAUCUGGUAAAACAUCAUUACAGUAUAGUUGUUAUAUGACAGAUGUAUAGAAUCCUAUCUGAACCAACCAAAAAGCUUGGAGCUUAGAUACACAAUACUCUUUAAAAUGACUAUUAAGAAAUAUUUUACUUUAGCUAUUCAGCAUAUGAACCUAAGGUAACAUGCAAUGUGGCAUGACAUGUCGCUUGUCAGGCUGCCAUUGUAAAUAAGAAUUUGUUCUUAAUGGCUUGCCUGAUGAAAUAAAGGUGAAAUAAAUAAAAUAAAG